CAGACCGUCAACUGAGAAGACCACAGUCCUCGUUWGUGAAGACAACAAUCCUGCCUACGGAGACAACAACUGAUUUGUUCAGUAAAAAUUCAUCAAGAAGACACUGCUCUCUUAACCACAAAUCCCCCUUUACCGAAAUGGACAUUCUGACUCGUGGAACAUUGAAGUCUAAGUUUGGGGCUCUGAGAGAGACGCUCAAACAGGAUGAUGAACUUCAGAUAAGGAUUACGGAGAAAAUAACAGCUCGCAUUGCCAAACUGGCUGCAAUAAAGGCUCUGGAUGAGAAUCUCAAACAGCAGGAUGAGUUUCUGAUGAGGGUGAAGGAGAAAAUGGCAGCUCACGUGAAAGUGAAGGCUCUGGAAGAGGACAAUGUGGCUCUGAAGGAGAAGGUGGCCCCUUUAAAAAAGGAUUUCAGCAGGGUUGAGCUUGUGGUGACAGAGGUGGAGGACAGGCAAGCUCACAGCCAAAAGAUUGACUCCAUGGACAAGGAGACUCAAACCAGCGAGCUGCCUCAGGAUGAGAAAAACGCUCUUCAAGAAGAGCUGAUGAAGCUCAGAGCUUCUUGUCAUGAGGUCUGCCACUGUCAUGAAGCUGAUGUUUCCAGUAGUCAGCUCAAUGGAGAGAGUAAGGAGAGGAGAACUGAGGAGAACUCUUUCUCGAGUGUUCUCCCUGAGAAAGAAAUGAAGCCUUCACUCUGGAAGAGAAUCCGCCACGCUCUGGGGUUGAGAAAACCACAGCGUUGGAAGAAGUCAGCAGUGCCCAUCCAACAGACACCUGAGCUGACCUUACCUUCUUCACCUGCUUGA